AUGCGCAAUUUGCGCAACACAUUCCACGCAGCUAUCCGAUUGCCAGGUGGCACUCCAAAUUUGACAGCAACAGCUUGGGAUGGGAAUGACCUGAUUUGUUCGUUUGGUCCAACUCCGGAAAGUCAUACGAUAAGCCUGAAAAAAUUCCCGCAAGGCUCAUUCAGCUCAGACGAAGCUGUAUCUAUAGCAUCAUGGGACUCGCCCUCUCCCAAUCCGGAGGCAGUCUGUGACUGCGUGGUCAGCCUUCAUUGUCUAUCAGAAAGCGGCAUCAUAUGUCUGAUACUGGAGGGAGGCGACAUUGUACUUGUGCGUGAGAACCCGCAACUGGGAGAGGACUUGAUAGAGAUUGUUGGCUCCGUGGACGCUGGAAUCACCGCAGCGGCAUGGAGUCCGGACGAGGAAUUGCUCAUCAUAGCAACCAAAGCCGAUACGCUGCUUUACAUGACGAGAGAAUUUGAAGGAACUACGAGUAUUAAUCUCACGCAAGAUGAUCUCAGAGUGUCAAACCACGUCUCUGUGGGCUGGGGUAAAGCCGAGACACAGUUCAAAGGUCGAGGAGCGAAGGCACUGCGUGAUCCCACAGUGCCUGAACACGUAGAUCAAGGACGCUUGAGCGAUCGUGACGACUCAAGGACAACAAUCAGCUGGCGAGGUGAUGGUCAAUUUGUUGCUGUCAACAGCAUCCUGGAGAGUGACAUACGACGCAGAAUAAUCAGAGUUUACACAAGAGAGGGUAUCCUUGAGAGUGUUAGCGAACCUGUUGAUGGGUUAGAGGGCGCCUUGAGCUGGAAGCCGAGUGGUCAAAUCAUUGCUGCAAUCCAGAGAAGAGAAAACAGCAUUGACGUUGUCUUUUUCGAGCGCAACGGGCUUCGUCACGGCGAGUUCGGCCUCCGGAUUCUAGAAGCAGACGUCAGCAAAAUCGGCAGCCAUAUCAGUCUCCUAUGGAACAACGACUCCUCGGUUCUUGCUGUAACCUUCACGGAUCGAGUGCAGCUGUGGACUAUGGGCAAUUACCACUACUACCUGAAGCAAGAGAUACUUUUCCCGGCCACAAUCGAACAACGUGUGAAUACUGUUUGGCAUGCCGAGAAAGCUCUAGAUUUAGUGUCGUUCUCUGGAAAGGAGCUGCAUGUCCUGACAUAUGUGCAACAUGUGGCUCGAGGCUCGAGCCUCACUCCGAACGAUCAAGGUAUAGUGGCAGUCAUAGAUGGCGCAAAAUUGAAAAUUACUCCGCUGCGAACAGCAAAUGUGCCGCCACCGAUGGCUUUCGACGAGAUCGAUCUUCCUUCCAAUGCAAUUGAUGUCUCUAUUGGCGCAUCCGGCAAGAUCAUUGCUGUCCUUCAUGCAGAUCAAAUCUCGCUGUGGGCUUGUGACUACUCCUCAAAGCCUCUGCAGAGGGCCAAAUCUCUACGCACGAUCGGGAUCCGAGACCAGGAACAACCGCGCACCGUAAUACACCGGCAGAUUGAGCUCGUCGAUGCAAACAACAUCGUCACCAUUGCAGUAUCUCCAAAUUCGUCUGGAUCACUCAUUCAUUCUUUUGACGAAAGUAACGAAAAUUCCUCGACACCUGAAGUCACACACAUCAGCACACUUUUCAAAGCUGUGAAUCAGAAUAGAAUCCUCUAUCAAGUCAACAAAGGAGCUAUUCGACACGUUGGUACGGAUUUGUCUUCGAACAAUGUAACUGAACUGUCGCUGGCGUGCACUGCUGUCGAUGUAUGGGCAGACGACUCUACACCGAUCGCUAUCGGUUUAUCUGCGAACGGCACUCUUCACAUUAGCGGCCCUGCGCAAAGUCUCAAAAUUCCCGGAUGUACCUCAUUCUGUGUGACAGCGACGCAUCUGAUCUUUACAACCAGUCAACAUUUGCUCAAGUUCGUACAUUUGAACUCAGAAGAGCUUGUGGUCCCGCCGGAUGAGCCUGAAAAGGACGAGCGAUGCAGGAGUAUAGAAAGAGGUGCGAAGCUGGUGACAGUAGUCCCUUCGGCAUAUUCCAUCGUCUUACAGAUGCCCCGCGGCAAUCUGGAAACCAUCUAUCCGAGAGCCCUUGUACUCGUUGGCAUUCGUCAAGCUAUUUCAGGCAAGGAUUACAAAAAGGCGUUUUCAAUCUGUCGAACACAGCGCGUGGAUAUGAAUAUCCUGCACGACUACGCCCCGGCGCAGUUCAUGGAGAACGUUGAGCUUUUUGUCCAACAGCUCAAGAAGGUCGAAUACAUCGAUUUGUUCCUCAGCUCACUGUCCGAGGACGAUGUUUCGCAGACUCUUUAUAAGGACACCAUUAAGCUGUCAGGUGGCGACACUGUGCCGGAAAUAACGCCGGCCUCUCAGCUGUCAAACGUGCCAUCUACGACAAAACCCUCGAAGGUCAAUUUGAUUUGCGACAAUUUCCUCCGGGUCCUCCAGCUACAAAGGGCUACCCAUCUCGAGAAUAUCGUCACUUGUCAUGUCAGCAAGAACCCGCCAGAUCUGGAGGCGGGUCUAGCUUUGAUAUCUGACCUUCGUAAGAGCGAUAAUCAAGCUCAUUUGGACAAAGCUGUCCAGCAUAUUUGUUUCCUCGCAGAUGUCAAUAGACUUUAUGAUGCCGCCUUGGGGAUUUAUGACAUUGACGUCGCUUUGUUGGUCGCUCAGCAGUCACAGAAGGAUCCGCGAGAAUACCUCCCGCAUUUACAGAAACUUCACGAGAUGCCGUCGUUACUACAACGAUUUACGAUUGAUAAUGACCUUAAGCGCUAUCACAAAGCUCUCGAUCAUCUUCAUGCCAUGGAUGACUUUGAGCGCCUCAAGACAUUCACCACUCAGCACGAGCUCUAUGCUACGGCCAUUGAACUUUACCGUUACGACAGUAGUCGACUAGGCCAAUUGAUGCGCCUACACGCAGACUUCUUGUCGGAACGCAGCCGCUACAAAGAAGCCGGAAUUGCAUAUGAGUAUAUCCAAGAUUACGAAUCUGCUUUCCAGGCAUACCGCUCUGCAAAUCUGUGGCGUGAAUGUCUAUCAAGCGCAACAUUUAUGGAAAUGCCCGAAGAUAAGAUCAAGAAUGUUGCAGGCGAUAUCGCGGACAGCCUCGUCGAAGCCAAAGAUUUCAUCGCCGCAGCGACCGUUCAUCUAGACUACCUGAAAGAUAUCGAGUCGGCGACUCGUCUCUUCUGUAAAGGCUAUCAGUUUUCAGAGGCCAUCCGUCAAGUCGCCGUUCAUGGCAAAUCUGCGCUCGUCAAAGACAUAGUCGACCCAGGUCUGGUUGAGUCUUCAGCUUCCACGACGGAACUUCUCGCCGAGAUGCGCACGCAGCUCGGCGCUCAGAUUCCACGACUUCGCGAAUUGAGACAGAAGAAAGCCGAGGACCCCAUGGCAUUCCUCGAUGGCGGCGAAGGUGGCGUUGGAGGCGAUGAUAUUCCCGACAAUAUAUCCCUCGCAGCGACGGAUGCCUCGACCAGUGGAGGAACUUUUAUGACACGGUACACAAAUCGUUCCACAGGGACACUGGCCACCAAUGCCACUCGGAAGACGUCCAAAAAUCGCAGACGCGAGGAGAGGAAACGUGCACGAGGCAAGAAAGGAACCGUCUACGAAGAGGAAUAUCUCGUCAAUUCGGUCGCAAGGCUCAUUGAGCGUCUCAACUCUGUGGGCGAGGACGUUGAGCGGCUCAUUGAGGGUCUGAUGCGCCGGACGAUGCGCGAACGUGCCAUUGCUGUGGAUGCGGCGUACAAGGAUGUCCUGGAUGCUUGCAAGGAGUGCAUGGCUGAGGUUUUCGAAAGUCCCGUCACGGUGGCGGGUCCCGUUGGUGCUGGCCCCGAUGGCGAGGGAGCGUCGGAUCAAGCUCCUAGACCUUGGGGAGGACAGGGAGUACUUUGGGAGGCGCUUUCAGCGUCGCAGCAGAAGCGCGAGGCUCCGGUGCUCAAGGGUAUCGAGCGUCUAUCGUUGUUGGAUCACGGCUCGGCAGGAUAUAGAUUCUGGGAGGCAUUAUCGGGAAUCUGCUCAAGAACGAUCCCACAUCCAGACUCUCAAGUCAACAGAUUAGCCGUCUCGCCAGACAAGAGGUUUCUCGCGGCGGCCGGCCACCACACAGUCAAGCUCUACGACAUCCGGUCAACAAACCCGGCCGCUGUGCUUACAUUUGAGGGUCAUACUGGUAACAUCACCGGAAUCCAAUUCCACUGCGAAGGGAAAUGGCUAGUCACCAGUUCUGAAGAUGGCACCGUCAAAAUCUGGGAUACCCGCAGCGGCCACAUCCAACGAAACUACUCGCACAACGUCCCCGUCAACGACGUCGUCAUCCACCCCAACCAAGGCGAACUCAUCUCCUGCGACCGCGGCGGCAACGUCCGCAUCUGGGACCUAGGCGAGAAUCGUUGCAGCCACCAACUCAUCCCGGAAGAAGACAAGCCCGUGGCCUCCGUGACCGUCGCGACCGAUGGCUCGCUGCUCUGCGCCGCCGUCAGCAGCAGCGUCGGCGGCAAAGUCUUCAUCUGGCGCCUCGUCACCGUCAAAGACGUCACCAGCCUGCUCCCCGUGACCGAAUUCGUCGCGCAUCCGACUUACAUCACGCGCGUGCUGCUCUCGCCCGACGUGCGCAAACUCGCGACCUGCUCCGCCGACCACACGGCCAAGAUCUGGACCGUCGACGUGGAGAAUUUGCAGGCCAGCAUGCCGAUCGGCGGCGAUGGAGAUACGGAGGACGGCGAGGACGAGGAGCUCGAGGAGCGGGUCUAUCAGCCACUACCACUGGAGAGCGAAUUGGACGGGCAUCAGCGCUGGGUGUGGGACUGUGCGUUCUCGGCGGAUUCGGCAUAUCUGGUCACGGCGUGUUCGGAUCAUUAUGCACGGCUGUGGGACUUGAACGGGAAGAAUAUCAUCCGUCAGUAUAACGGGCAUCAUCGGGGUGCGGUGUGUGUGGCGCUGAACGAUUAUUCGGGGACGGAGGCGAUGUGA